UCGCUCUCUGUUAAUAUAAAAGGUUUCGAAAUCUGGUGCGAUAUUCACUACAACCAAAGUUGCCACUACUUUUUCUGUGAGAGUAUAAUCACCACCAAAAAGGGAUUCAAAAAAUUCACUAAAAUGAACUGGCACCUUUCUGUAAUUUUGUUGAGUGAAAUUAUUGUUUACACCGUUUUCUUUCAAUCAACUUUAGGUUAUGAACUAUUUGAUGGGGAACACCCUCAUGGACUUCAUCCAGUGUUACGAAAUGAAAACAAAGGAUACUUGUCUCUACUAGAAGAUCCAUCAUCAAGUGGAGUGCUGUCCUAUGUUAGACCAGGACGGAGAAUGCUAAAGCUUCCACAAACUCUUAUUCCUUACCCCAGAACGGGUAGAGUUACUGACGAAGAUUACGAUUUUACUUACAUACCAGAUUAUUCUUGGAGCACUAGCCAAGAGACAGAUCUCCUUGACAGCGUACCUAAAUUCACAGCAAGGCUUGGUCGAAAAAAGCGAUCCCUAAGUGACGACGAUUCUGAACACAAUGGGAAAAAAGAAAGCCAAAAUAGGCAUGAGUUAGCCAAAGCAAUUCUUGACGAAUUUGAGGAGUUUGAGCCAGAUUAUUACUUCAGGCAAAGCCGACGACCCAGUAGCCGAAGCCGAAAUUCUUUUGUACCUCGAGUUGGCAAAAGGGUAUCGAAUGAAGAUUAUGAGGAACCUGAAGACAAACGUGCUGCUGCAUUUACACCAAGAAUAGGCAGGGCUGCUCUCAUUCCAAGAAUCGGCAGGAACGACCCAAGAUUCAAAGUUAAAAGCAGAGGAGCUUUCAUUCCACGAAUUGGAAGACGAGCUUCUUUGAUGCCCCGGAUUGGCAAAUCACAAGAACACCAUGGCGAAAGCGAAAUCAAUUAAAAUCAAUUUAUUAAAAAUUUAAGAUUUUACAUUUUAUGAACAGUAAAUUGUGUUUUAGCUCAGAUGUUCACAAAUUUCCUUACUUAUGUACUAAAUGUUUUAUACAGCAUGGGGAAGAAAUAUAAUUUUAUUGGAAUUCCAAUAAGUCACGAAAGCAUGUAUAAUGCUGUAAUAAUGAAAAAUAAAGCCAAAAAUAUCUAUGUUUCCUAAA